UCUCCAUUAAGUCACGUUAAGUAACAUUUUGUUGCAAUUCCAGUAUUUGAGCCAGUCGUCAAGUCACGUAAAUCGGAGUACAUUGAAACCCUCUUGUGUGUACACGACGAUUUAUGAAAACAUAUCUUUAGGGAGAAUCGAUUGCUUUUAGGUCCAAAUCAAGAUGUUCCACACAUGUGGACCCAAUGAAGCCAUGGUGGUGUCUGGCUUUGGUCGUUCCCCUCCUCUAAUGAUCGCUGGAGGAAGAGUGUUUGUCCUCCCCUGUAUUCAACAGAUCCAGAGGAUCACUCUGAACACCCUGACUCUGAAUGUAAAGAGUGAUAAGGUGUACACCCGUCAUGGAGUGCCCAUCUCUGUCACUGGCAUCGCCCAGGUGAAGAUCCAGGGUCAGAACAAGGAGAUGCUGGCUACGGCCUGUCAGAUGUUCAUGGGGAAGUCUGAGGCUGAGGUCUCCAACAUCGCCCUGGAAACACUGGAGGGGCACCAGAGGGCCAUCAUCGCCCAUCUGACUGUUGAGGAGAUCUACCAGGACCGUAAGAAGUUCUCUGAGCAGGUGUUCAAGGUGGCCUCCUCUGACCUGGUCAACAUGGGCAUCGGCGUGGUCAGCUACACGCUGAAAGACGUUCACGACGACCAGGACUACCUCAAUUCUCUGGGUAAAGCUAGGACAGCUCAGGUGCAGAAGGAUGCCAGGAUCGGAGAGGCUCAGUACAAACGAGACGCGGUGAUCCGUGAGGCCCAGGCCAUGCAGGAGAAGGUGUCGGCCCAGUAUCUGAAUGAGAUCGAGAUGGCCAAAGCCCAGAGGGACUACGAGCUGAAGAAGGCCUCCUACGACUACGAGGUCAACACCAAGAAGGCAGAGUCUGAGAUGGCCUAUCAGCUACAGGUGGCGAAGACGAAGCAGCGGAUUGAGGAGGAGACGAUGCAGGUGAAGGUGGUGGAGAGGUCUCAGCAGAUCAUGCUCCAGGAGCAGGAGAUCAUCCGCAAGGAGAUGGAGCUGGAGGCCAAGGUGAAGAAGCCUGCUGAGGCAGAGAGAUACCGUCUGGAGAGACUGGCUGAGGCGGAACGUGCACAGCUCAUCAUGGAGGCUGAGGCAGAGGCAGAGUCCAUCAGAAUGAGGGGCGAUGCUGAGGCAUUUGCUCUGGAAGCUAAGGGUCGUGCCGAGGCAGAGCAGAUGGCUAAGAAGGCUGAGGCCUUUAAACAGUACGGGGAGGGAGCCAUGGUGGACAUGCUGCUGGAGAAACUACCACUGAUAGCAGAGGAGAUCAGCAGGCCCCUCUCCAUGGCCCAGAAGGUUACCAUGGUUUCCAGCGGUGGGGGUGAGGUGGGCGCGGCCAAGCUGACCGGAGAGGUUCUGGACAUCAUGACCAGACUACCAGCUGCUGUGGAGAAACUCACUGGAAUCAACAUCUCACAGGUUGGCCUGUCCACCCGAAUGGGCUGAGAAUGGAGCCCAAUGACUGAGACAGUCUGCACCGUCAGACCAGGAACUCCAUACUGCCUCCUUGUGCCUAUAAUUACUAUUACCUAGUGUAGUUGUCUGCAUGCCUGUCUGCAUGCCUGUGUUAGCACGUAGUCUUUCUUAGAGCAUGUCUCAGCACUCUUAUUGGCACUGAUCUGGAAACAGAGGAUGGGUCAAAGCUGUAUGUUAUAGGUCUUCUGUGGGAGUUUGUUUCUCCUGGUCAUUCAUAUCUCUGUUAGUUCAGCUUGGAUGAAGGAAAGGAAAGCACUUUGGACUAGCAUGACACAUCCUUAGUAGUUCUGGUCGUAACUAGCCUCUUUUCCCCGUCCGUUAUUCAGUGUGUUUUAAUCCCUGCUUCAAGCCUGCCUUUCUGUCUCCCUCUGUUACAGGUUUGGGUCCAUAUAAACAGUUCCACUGUCACAUAGUUGUGUUUUAGUUGUAAUUCAUAGAAUGUUAUUUAAUUGGGAUGUGGUUGAGAAAUGAUGUUUUCAUUCUCAGUGCCUUUUUGUUGUUCACAGGAAAUAAUCGUGUCAGUAGGAGGUCAUCCAUUUCAUUGUUGGGUUUGUCAGCUGAUUGUUUUGUCAACAUUUGCAGUUGUUCUGUAAGGUAGUCUGUCUUGUUCGGAGCAUGGUUGGCUAGCUAGUUGCUAUCCAUUGCUUUGCAAAUGAAGAAGAAAUGCUCUUUACUUUCACUGUGGACGUAUCUUUCUUUUUCCUAGCUAAUUGUAGUCCUGGUAGUCAUGUUAUUAAACAUGUUCUACCUGCUUGUGGAUUCCAGUACCUCUGUCUACCACCUUAUGGACAAAGUGGUUAUCCACUAUGUGCUCCCCUGACAGUAGAUCCUAGAUCAAGCUACUGAUGACCCUCUAGAAUGGCCAGUGCCUUGUGUUUUAAAGUCUAAUUCAUCAUAUCAAUACAAGCCAUAUUACAGUAGAAACCAAGUUGCAUGCAGAUGAGGCUGAUUUGUGGGCUUUUUGCCAUGACUCGUGUGUGGGAUGAAAUCACAAACUAUAUGAUGGGUUGGCACUAAACCUCUUCUCUCUGUUGGUACAAUGGAGUACUGAAUUUGAUGGUACCUAAUCAUCUCAUUUUCCAAAGCAAAAAAAAUCAAGGAACUACAGAUUCUCUGUUACUAUAGUGUUUAUCCAACAGAUUGUCAUGUACACCAUUCUGGCUUAGUUCCAGUGUGUUUCUAAACCCUAGACUUAUUAGAAAGACAGGCCUUAGAUCAGAGCUUCUGCUGUGCUAGAACUGCAUAAAGGUGGAGAUUUUCUGUGAAGUGAUUGGAAGGAAGAGAGAGGGAGCAGACUGGGGUUUUCCUGCUGAAGACUAACCUCAGAGGUAGGAUUUAUCCAGGUCAGGUGUACUGUCAGUCACGUGGUGCCUGGUGGAUGUGCUGUUUGAGGUGAAGUUAUGUGUGUAGGAGAGGGGAAUGGAGAAACUAGCCUGGGUUUCAGUCUGUUUCUGUUCUCUUAAACAGUGUUUCUGCUCUCCUUAACAAUGUCAAUGGAAUGGGCAAAAGCAUAACCAGACCUGGGACCAGGCUACAGACACUACUAUAGUGGAGUCCCAUGUAUGGUCCAGUAGGGUAGACAUGCACCUUCUGUAGACUGGAGUAGACGAUAUACAUUUUAAUCAGACGUGUUGAUUAAUCAGGAGCUAUCCUUUUGUAUCGUAAUCUUAUCAUUAGACUGAUCUAUUUUUCCAGAUGUUCUAUGUGGUGCUGAUCACAUCCCUGUUUGAUCCUUUUUGUAGUAUAGGGUUUGUUGUUAGGGACUGGUUCUAUACCAUAGAAAUAGAAUCCUUCUAUGUUCUAUACCACCGCUCAGGAUUCUAGAAGCUACUUCUCUCUAGCUGAUUGUAUUCCCCAAAGCUUAUAUGCUCUCUGGCUGUCUAUGCAUUUUGUUACCGCCAAGUGCCUGACUAAGUUGAAAGAUUCCCAUUUUUCUCUCAACCUAAAGGCUAAACUAUCACCCCACGUUAAACAUUGUAACAACCUAUAGAGGCAUGCUAUGUCCUAAAGAUAUUAAUGAAAGCCAAUUUCGCCAAACCAAUACUACUGCUUUCACUUAUGCACACACCUGUAUAUUACGUCAUAAUGUCAAUGAUUUGUGACUUAACAUUUUUCUGUACUGUAGCUGCUCUUAGUUAAAUAUGAUUUCUGUGAUUGUAUUUCCGUCUAUGCGUUGUUGACAUGCCAAGAUAAUGCCUGGCCUUCCAUGUACAGUGGCUUGUGAAAGUAUUCACCCCCUUGACAUUUUUCCUAUUUUGUUGCCUUACAAUCUGGAAUUAAAAUAGAUUUUUUUGGAGGGGUGGUUUAUAUCAUUUGAUUUACACAUGCCUACCACUUUGAAGAUGCAAAAUAUUUUUUAUUGUGAAACAAACAAAAAAUAAGACAAAAAACAGAAUUUGAGCGUGCAUAACAAUUACAGCUGCAAGUCUCUUGGGGUGUUUCUCCAUAAGCUUGGCACAUCUAGCCACUGGGAUUUUUGCCCAUUCUUCAAGGCAAAACUGCUCCAGCUCCUUCAAGUUGGAUGGGUUCCGCUGGUGUACAGCAAUCUGUAAGUCAUACCACAGAUUCUCAAUUGGAUUGAGGUCUGGGCUUUGACUAGGCCAUUCCAAGACAUUUAAAUGUUUCCCCUUAAACCACUCGAGUGUUGCUUUAGCAGUAUGCUUAGGGUCAUUGUCCUGCUGGAAGGUGAACCUCCAUCCCAGUCUCAAAUCUCUGGAAGACUGAAACAGGUUUCCCCUCAAGAAUUUUCGUGUUUAGCACCAUCCAUCAUUCCUUCAAUUCUGACCAGUUUCCCCAGUCCCUGCUGAUUAAAAAAACAUGAGGUUCUCGGGGUGAUGAUAGGUGUUGGGUUUGCACCAGACAUAGUGUUUUCCUUGAUGGCCAAAAAGCUCAAUUUUAGUCUCAUAUGACCAGAGUACCUUAUUCCAUAUGUUUGGGGAGUCUCCCACAAAUGCCUUUUGGCAAACACCAAACAUGUUUGCUUAUUUUUUUCUUUAAUUAAGCAAUGGCUUUUUUCUGGCCACUCUUCCAUAAAGCCCAGUUCUGUACGUCUUAAAGUGGUCCUAUGGACAGAUACUUGGAGCUUUGCAGCUCCUUCAGGGUUAUCUUUGGUCUGUUUGUUACCUCUCUGAUUAAUGCCCUCUCUUGGUAGGUUUGUUGUUGUGCCAUAUUCUUUCAAUUUUUUGAAUAAUGGAUUUAAUGGAUAUUUUUUUAUAAUUCAACCCUGAUCUGUACUUCUCCACAACUUUGUCCUGGACCUGUUUGGAAAGCUCCUUGGCCUUCAUGGUGCCCCUUGGUGUUGCAGACUCUGGGGCCUUUCAGAACAGGUGUAUAUAGACUGAGAUCAUGUGACACUUAGAUUGCACACAGGUGGACUUUACUUAACUAAUUAUGUGACUUCUGAAGGUAAUUGGUUGCACCAGAUCUUAUUUAGGGGGUGAAUACAUACUCACACACCACUUUUCUGUUUUUUUGAACGGACUGUUUUGUGUAUGUCCAUUACAUGAAAUCCAAAUAAAAAUCUAUUUAAAUUACAGGUUGUAAUGCAACAAAAUAGGAAAAACACCAAGGGGGAUGAAUACUUUUGCAAGGCACUGUAGUGUAAACUUUGAAUUCAAGUGCACUAAGUUAUGAAUAUUAUGAAAUUAUUGUAACAUUAUAUAAACACAAUCGCUCUGAUUUCCUAACUCAAA